AUGCAGUGUACGGGGGGCAACCCCUGCGAGGCGUGUGCGACGAGGAGGAGUCUUUGUGUCUACGAUGCCACUUCCGACCAGCGUCGUAAAAUCGCCAACCAACGGAACGUCCAAGAGCUCGCCGAUAAGCAACUUGACCUUGAAAAACACCAGCAGCUGCUGGGAGGAAUCAUCGCUACUAUCAGAGCUGGCGGGUUCAGUGCAACCGAAGAUCUCAUCCGUGUCAUUCGCUCAAGCGUCGACCUGUCGCAACUAGCCGCCCACGUGCGAAACGAGUGUCGAGCCAACAUGGCGAUCCAGCAGGCUUUCGAAAAGAUCGACUUCGUUAUCGACGGCGGUCCUGAACUGCCUUCACCAUCUCAGUUGCAAGUCAUGCCUGGCGACUUGGGUCCCAAGGAGAAUAGUUUCGGAUCCGAGGUCGACAGUGACACAAGUUCAGCAAAUAUUCAUUCCGGCUCAAGCACGAAACCCAGCUUGGAUAGACAGAUGUCGUGA